UGUAAAUAAAGUAAGCACUGUUUAAGUGAAUAGAUAUGAACGCGAAACUUUUAGUCGUUGCUAUUAUUUUUAGUGCAAUUUCUUCUGGCACUGCUUUAGAAUGCUAUGAUUGUCAAAUUGAUUGUUCAAAUGCGACCAAGGUUAGUUGUAAUGGUGAUAAUAUUUUGAAAAUCCCACAACUUAGUCUAAUUAGUAUACCGACAGCAGAAGAGAAAUUUUACUGUUAUAAAGCUACGGCGAAAGGAGAUAAUAUAGACACUAUUGCAAAAGGUUGCAUUCCUGCUGAAGUAAAUGGUGAAGUAGAUAUCGAAGACGUUGUGGUUACAAUUUCCACUUGUGAUCAGGAUGCUUGUAAUGGGUCGUCGAUUGCAGUGACUUCUACUGUUUCUAUAAUAUUUGCAUCAUUAGUAAUGUUCAUUAAAUCUUUUUUGUUAACUAAUUAAAAAUAUCAUAUGUAUCUAUAAAUAAAGGAUGUACAUAUAACUCUA